ACAGGCAGGCUUAGAGCCUUUCUCUCUACGUAUGUAUGAAGCAGCAGAAACCAAGGCUCUGUCUACCCAGAACUCUCCAUCCUGCCUUUAGGUUUUUAAGAGCCUGGGAACAUGAGUAAAAGGAAGAAAGAGUUCUUAUCAGGAAAUGAUGACCUCCAGGCAAAAAUAAGUCUGAGGAGAAACUCCCAGCUGACUGGAGAGAAUUGUUUAGAAAUACCUGACAGUCCUCAAUCUAAUAAAUCCAAAAGAAAAUCAAAAUCAAUCACAGCAGAAGCAAAGGACUGGGAAGACACGAACAAGGAAAACAUUGAAGUUUUUGUGGAAAAGGUGCAAACAAGCAGUUCAGAUGAUGAAGGAAGGAAGAUUACCUCUGAGCUGAAACACCUAAACCAGACAAAAGACUCAAUUUCUCUUUCUUUAUCUCAGAACACAGUGGGGAAGUUUGUGCCAGUUUUUGCAAAACCAAAGAAAGCUUUGCCUGAAAGAACAGAGAAAGAUGAUGGAGAAGCUUCAGAAAUUCAAACAGAACAGGAAAUACUGGAGUCUAAUCCCUCGUGCAUGGACAGCAGUCUAGCCUGUGAUUCGUCAGAAGCAGCAGUUCAGGAAGUAAAAUCACUAUCAGAGCCACUUGAGCUGACACAUUUACUGGUGGGCAUAGCAGAAGAAGCAGGAGAUCAGGUGAUUCCUCAGUGUCAGAAACAUACUGGUGAAGGACUAGAGGUUAAAGCUCAGGUCCAGUAUCAGACUGAAAGCAUUAGCAGUGAUGCUGCUGGAGUGGGACUGGGAGAUUCUCACCAAGGAAUGGGGGCAGUAUCUAAUUUGCAAGAAGGUAUUUGUGGUAAACUCUCUUUAGAGGAACCCAUUUCCUUAUUUCAUGGUAUUUCAUAUUGCAAGGAUGCUGGGAGUCGUCAUGACAAUAGAAGCCUAUGUGCAGGAUCACCUGAAAACCCAACUGAAAAGGAUGCAAGCUGCAGUGUUUCAUCAGAGCCCAGAAUUACUGACAGAGGUAAAGACAGUCAACAUGAAGUGCUUCCAAGUCGUUCCUAUGAGACUGUGCAACAAAAAAAAUCCAUGCUGGAUGAAACUGAUGUUAAAUUGGAUGACUUUGCUAAAAACAGGAAAUGGACUAAGAAUUUGAGUGGGAAGGUCCUAGAACUGGCUGAUGAUACAAGCACUGAAAGGGAAAGAAAGACAAAUGUUGUUAAAACCCCAUUAACAGAUAUAAACAUCAACACUGCUGAAGAACAGGACAACUCACACACUGGUGAUAAAGCUGGACAGGAAAGCAGUGGUGUGAGAGAGGUUGAACAGAGCAGUCCACACCAAGAUGGCAAAAGUGUAGACCUCAGCAAUCUUGAUAACGGCAAAAUUGCAGAACUCAAUGACAGCAAAACUCAGAACAGCAGUGCUAAAAUGGCUGCUGAAAACCGCUCCCAAACCAGUGACAUGGAGCAGAGCAGCCCAUGCACAAAUGCUGACAUUACAGAACAGAGAGACAGCUGCAAAGUCACACAGGAAAGCAGCUCCCUCAGCAGUGGCAAAGAUGAGGGGCAAAGCGGCCCUUGCAACAAUGGAGGAGUUACAGAGAAAAGCAGCAAUGACAGAGCUGUCUCUGGGAGGGAUUUUCCUAGUUGUGCUCAGGCUAUGAUUGUGAAUCCUGAGAUGGACAUCCAUAAUUUUGAAUCAAAAAGUGAACAAACCAGUGAAACAAUCCAUCAGUGUUAUGUAGGAACUGACAGAGUUAGUCACUCUGAAGUCAGUAAGAUUCCACUGCAAAUGGCUUUUUACACUGGAGAAAGUGAUGCUGGCAGAGAAGAGGCAGAGAAGACUACAGGUGUGAGUGCAGGAUCUGUCUCCAGUGCUUCAGUCCUUGUUCAUGGGAACUUUACAUGUAAGAACACACAAGAUCAUUACAUGGCUUUGGAGCAAUGGAAGGAAAAUGGAAACAGGCUGAGGCCUGACAGAAAACAAUCACAGGUCGGUGCCUGUGACUUAGGAUGUAAUGGACUCGAAGCAAAGUCCUUAAAUACAGGAAGUGUUCAACCAACUGUGAGUCAGAUUCCACAGGCAAGAUUACAGCUCUCUCCAUCUCCUGACAAGUCGCUGAAUGGAAAAAACAAUGAAGAAUGGGUUUCCUGUGAGAAAAACAAGAUGAAGCCUUUUCCUACAGAAAGUUGUCUUUCCUUUGUAGAUGUGUCUGAGCAGCCUGAAAGAGAAAUGGUGAUGACUCAUCAUAGAAAAGAAGCUGAUGUUAACACAAGUGGCCAGACAUCUCUUUCUGCAACACAUAUGGACUUACCUGGUGGUGUGCCUAAGAGUGCCACCCCUGUGGACAAAACCUGUUCCCCCUGGGGAGAGACGCUUCCUCUGGAUGUAGAAUUGCUGCCUGACAGCCAGUUAUGGGAUACCCUCAAAGAUAACAGCCUUGAACUUUCACUGCAGCAGGCAUUUCCUGUGGACAGGAAUUGCAGUUCUGUGCCUAAAAAUGAUCUGUCUGCUGAAAGAGAACUAAGUGAUACAGAGACACCAGUUCCAGGCAUUAGUAUACAUCAUCCAAAAAAGCUGCAGCCCAGAUCCUAAUCUUGCCAUCCUUGCCCAAUAGGAGGUUCACUGAAGAAAAGACAUGCAUGAUUGAGCCCAUGACACCCAUGACAUCCAUAUUCCCUCCCACCUUGAAAUUGCUCUCAGAUGCCCACACCUCUAAGUACUGUCAUUCAUUAGCUGAAAUCAACCCACUGUAAGAAUAAGAGCACCUCAGCAGAUUUCCAUCUCAUUAGAAUUGAUUUUCAAGCAGCAAACAGGAAGCCAGUCAAUAAAGAUCACUUUUCAGUGAGCAACUGAAAAGCUCAGAAAUCUUUUUUUAAAAUUACUAAAUAACAAGCCUAUGGGGUCAAACCCUGGCCAUGGACAAAAUCUUGGGGCCUGUUCUAACCACUAAACAGGCUUAGUUGCAUGACACUGGGGAUUCACUGUUUUGUGUUUCAAAAGUAUGAUCUGACCAAGGGUGAAAACGGCAAUGAAUUCUGCUGAGAUUUGAAGGAUGUUAUUAACUUUAUAUCCAAAGCUUUCUAAAGCAUCUGCCUCUGACCCCUUACCUUCAAGUCACACUAGUAAAUGAGAAUCUUUGUAAGGCAUGUGG